AUGUCUGGUCCUAUCAAGAAGGUCGUUGUCCUUGGGGCAACAGGCAACGUCGGCAAACCCAUCGCCACUGCCCUGGCCGAAGCUGGCUACGCUGUGACAGCGGCCUCGCGCACUCCCGGCCAGAAAUUUCCAGACUCGACCAACAUCAUCUCUGCCGCCGUCGACUACACGUCACUCUCUGACCUUACGUCCCUCUUCACGGGGCAAGAUGCCGUGGUCGAAGCGAUUCCCCCCAACGCCCUGCACAUGCAAUCCACCAUCGUAGACGCCUGUCUCGCCUCGGGCACAGUGAAGCAUAUCAUCACCCCGGAUUUCGCGGGCGACACGUUCAACGAGCACAUCACCGAGUUACCGUUGUAUGUCCCCAAGGUGGAAGCCCAGAAGGUCCUGGAGGAGAAAUUGAAAGGCACGGGGGUGAAUUGGAGUGCGAUCAUUACGGGAGGUUGGUAUGAUUGGGCCAUUCCACUGGGUUAUUACUGGAUCAACCCACGCACAAACACCCUUAUGGUCUACGGCAGCGGCGACCAGCGAAACAGCAUGUGCCGUGUAUCCACCGCAGCGAAGGCCGUCUGCGACGUGCUCCGACAGCCCGAGAAGUUCGCAAAUCGGCCCGUCUACGUCGCCGACCACACCGUGAGCAUGAACCAGCUGAUCCCGAUCCUCGAGGAGAUCAAGCCGGGCUGGCACAUCCAGCGAGUGGACCUGGAUGAGUUCUUCGCCACCGCAAAGCGCAUGUGGGAGGAGGAUACGCAGAAAGGGGUCGAGGUGCGGCUGUUGACGCCUGGAACCUACGGCAUCUUCGAAGAGAACAACCGCUACAACGCCGACUUCGAACACCUGAUUGAGCCCGGGUCCGGGUACCAGAAGACCAUGGAGGAUUUGAAGGAGGAGCUGAAGACGCUGGUUGCGGAGACGUAG